UGCGGUUUCUGGCACAUCAGGCAGGACAGGCUUAUAAUGCGGCGAUAGAUACUCCGCAACUUUCUAGGUUAAAAUUGCGGCUCACACGACAUAUCAAAAAGUGUUGAUCGUAUAUACUUCUCAGCAAUUUUAUUUAAAAACUGAUCCAAGUGAAGGAAUCAAAUUUCAAUAUAUAAGGCUUUUCCAAUUGCAAGGAAUAAUCCACUAGAUAAUGGCCACUACCAGAAGUGUCUCUGUGCUUACUCCUAAUGGACGACGAUCAAUUGUAAAAGUUUCACCAAAUACUACAAUAAUACAGGUCCUUGAGGAAGUUUGCCAAGAGUAUAAGUUUAAACCAGAUCAUUAUGAUUUAAGACAUUACAAUCGAAUACUUGACAUUAAUUUAGUUUUUCGCUAUGCAAACAUACCAAAUAAUGCAAGCCUGGAAAUGAUUAGAUGUAAAAUUCCAAGGAAAUUAUCAAAUGUGACAAUAUGUAUUCAAUUGGAAAGUGGUGAUCGACUCACAGGGGUAUUUCCUCCUACUGAAAAUAUUGAAAAUAUUUUCAAACAACUCACAGUUGAGUAUAAUGUUGAGUCUGCUGUUGUUGUUUAUACGCAAAGAGAAAUUUAUGGUAAAUACUUUGCAACUGUAACUCUAAAGUCUCUGGGAUUAGUAGGUGGAAAAGCACUUUUUAGACUACUUCAUCGUGAUCCAGAGAAAUUAAAAGAACAAGCUCAUGUCUAUGUACCAUCAAAACCAAACGUUUCUAAAACUGAAGAAAAUGAAGAAGAGAAACCAAAAUCCAAACCAGCUUCAAUUAUAAAUUCCAAUAAGAAUAAAAUUAUAGAUCCUGUUUCCAUCAUCAAAGCAGAGAAACAAAGUGCUCACUCACCAAAAGAUACAAUAAUAGAGAAUAAGAUCAAAAGUAAAUUUGAAGAAAAUAAAACAGAUGAAAAUAAAGUUUGUGCCUCAACAAGUAUUGGUAACCAAGUUAAAAUGGAAGAGGAAACUCCCAUAGAAGUUGAUGGUAAUCCUGGAAUAGAAGUGAAAAAAGAGGAAGAGCCUCAAAUUGAAAAUGAGCCACAAGUUCACAUUCUGGGGGAAAGAAGUGCUUUACUCUUCAAUCAAUCGUGUACAAGAUCUGUUCACCCAGCUGACAUCCCUGAUGAAUUCUUUGAACUGACAGUAGACGAUGCAAAAACUUUAUUUCGUGAUGCUAGAAAAAUGGUAUCAACCCACAACGAUUCUCCUCUUUUGACUUCAGCUCUAAGAGAAUUGGAAAAAGAUAAGCAAAAGCUGAAUCGCUUGCACAAAUAUCCAAAGACUAUCAUUCGCAUUCAGUUUCCAAAUGCUCUUGUUCUCCAAGGUCUCUUCAAUCCUGUUGAAACAGUACAAACUGUCAAAGAUUUUGUUAAAAGCUAUCUUGAAUAUCCGGAAACCGACUUUUCACUUUAUACAGCACCACCAAAAUGUGAUUUGAAUGCUGAGGAUCAUUUGAUCGAUCUAGAUCUAGUUCCAAGUGCUAUUGUUUAUUAUGCAGGUACAUCUGAUCUCAAGCCAGAUAUCAAAUAUAAAUUAACCGAUCCCACAGCAGUCAAUGAACUGACGGUCAAAACUAGAUCAAACAUGAUAAGAAAGGACACCGAAUCUAUGAUAGCCGAUGAACCAGAAGUCAGUGCGCACUCAUCAACUUCGGCAACGGUGUUGAGAGCCGUGGAUUCGACCAGCAAUGGUAGCAUUGAGCAACAACCAGGGCCCAGCCGUCCACAGCCCGAAAAAAGUCAAGCACCCAAAUGGUUCAAACUCUCCUCUAAAUAACCCUAAGGUUUACAUAUUUCAAAAAACUGGAGGUUCUUCAAACUUCUUAGGGUUUUUGUUUAGCUUAAUUGCCUUGGGUACAUGACUGAAACGUUUAUAACAGUGUCUUGUUAGAUAGUUUUACUUUUAUUUUUAUGCGCUGUAUUAUAUAAGGAUUUAAAUAAAAGACUGUAUAUAUUUGUAAUUUUUAUUAUUCUCAAUUGUCAUUAAAAUGCAUUUACGAAAAUCCA